UGGCGACUGCAGGCGACCCGGAGCGGGACGCCGGCCAUUCGGUUUGAGCAUUUUCCCGUUAAUUUAGACCGGGGAUUUACGGGACUCCUGCAGACCAAACAAAGCAAGUUAGACGUUUGGAAGCAACCUGUUUUGUCUCAAUUGCGUGGGCUGGAAGCGUGCGAAAACUGAAAAUAGAAAUAAUACAUUAUCUAAGCUAGCUUGCUAUAAUGAGAGGGAGAAGAGGCAGGCCGCCCAAACAGGCACUGAUGGGGGAGCCAUCCCCCGCGCCAGUCCGCGGUUUGAGACCCAGGCGGGGAUUGCGUGGAAGAGGUCGAGGAACACCAGAUAUAGAAGGAAUGCCUCCAAGAAGAGGAAAUUAUCAUUCUUCCAGGGGCAGAAGAAAAUUCGGAGCCACAUCGCGGGGUAGAGGUAGAGGCAGGGGCUCGAGAGGUGGCCGCGGAAGCAGAGGGAGACGGCCAGCCAGCAAGAUUGUGUACGAUGACCAUGAGAGUGAUGAGGAGGAUGCCGUGAGUUUGAGAUCGGACGAUGAUGAGUAUUUACGGGGAAACCCUCUGUCGGACGACGAAAGGGCCUUUGAUGAUGGCUCCGAUUAUCAGGAGGAAAUACCAGACGAAGAUGAUGCUAGUUACUGCACGGAGAGCAGUUUUAGGAGUCAUAGUACAUACGGCAGCACUCCAGGUCGGAGGAGGCCGCGCGGUCGCCGGCCGCGCUCGCCCAUCUUCGAGGAGAAGGAGAUCCCGGCGCUGGAGCUGCCCAAGUCGUCGGACGACCUGCUGAUCCCGCCCGAGCAGAUGCUGAACGUGGCGGCCGUCUACGAGGUGCUGCGCAACUUCAGCACGGUGCUGCGCCUGUCGCCGUUCCGCUUCGAGGACUUCUGCGCGGCGCUGGCCGGCCAGGAGCAGUGCACGCUGAUCGCCGAGACGCACGUGUCGCUGCUCAAGGCCAUCCUGCGCGAGGAGGACUCGUCCAACACCAGCUUCGGCCCCGCCGACCUCAAGGACAGCGUCAACUCCACGCUCUACUUCGUGGACGGCAUGACGUGGCCCGAGGUGGUGCGCGCCUACUGCGAGAGCGACCCCGAGUACCAGCACGUGCUGCCCGUGCAGGAGGGCGAGGAGUACCCCUUCGAGCCGCUCGAGUCCAAGGUCAAGGUGCUCCAGUUCCUGGUGGACCAGUUCCUGACCACCAACCUGGCGCGCGAGGAGCUCAUGUCGGAGGGCGUGGUGACGUACGACGACCACUGCCGCGUCUGCCACAAGCUGGGCGACCUGCUCUGCUGCGAGACCUGCUCGGCCGUCUACCACCUGGAGUGCGUCAAGCCGCCGCUGGUGGAGGUGCCCGAGGACGAGUGGCAGUGCGAGGUGUGCGUGGCGCACCAGGUGCCCGGCGUGGGCGACAGCGUCACCGAGGCGCAGAAGAGCCGGCCCUACAUCCGCCAGGAGCCCGUCGGCUACGACCGACACCGCAGGAAGUACUGGUUCCUCAACCGCCGCGUCGUCAUAGAGGAGGACGGCGAGCACGAGAACAAGUCCAUGUGGUAUUACAGCACGCGCGUCCAGCUGGCCGAGCUGAUGGAGACCCUGGACAAGGGCUACUGGGAGAGCGAGCUGUACGCCGCGCUGGAGGAGAUGCACCCCGAGAUCCACCUGCACAUGGACAUCACGGAGGACCUGACCAACAAGGCCCGCACCAACAACAAGGCUUACCUCACCGCUGCCAACGAGGAGAUUCUGGACCGACUGAAGGCCCGACAGGAGGAGGAGGAGAAGCGGCGGAGCGCUCUGGAGGAAGAGCGCAUCAAGAAGGAGGAAAAGCCCGAGCAGUCCCCCGAGUCGCUGAAAGGCGAGAAGUCUACCUCAGGACCCGCAGGCACUGCGGAGGCCACCUCAGCAGCAGAGUCGCCCUCUGCUGGUCAGGAGGCCAGUGGCAGCCCUGAGGCCCUGAAGCCCGACUCCCCCUCCGCGGACCCGUCCCUCCCCUCCACCAGGGCCCCGAGCCCUGCCGCCGAGGCCCCCGACGGGCCCCCUGGCUCGGGCGAGACUGGGGACGAGGGCCCUGAGAGCUCGGUGGAGGUGCCAGAGCCAGCAGACAAGGCUGCGGAGUCCAAGCUCGGGUCUCAGCCAGGCGAGGGGGGGUCUCCGGCCAGCAGCCAGCCCCCCCACGCGGCCGACGAGAACAGCAACAGCAGUCAGUUCUCCACCCCGGGAGGGCCCAGGAGCCAGGAGGAGUCGGACGCGGCGGACAAGUCCAGCCUGGACGCCACAGCAGCGGACGGGAAGGAGAAGGCGAACGGCGAGGCGGGCGGCCCGGUGAAGGGCCCCCCCACGCGCAUGGUGACGCGCCUGAGGAACCCCGAGAGCAAGCUGAGCCAGCUCAAGAGCCAGCAGGCGGCCGCCGCCGACCACGACACCAGGAAGGGCUACAAGGACGGCAAGGAGGUCCUGCUGGUGACCCCCGGCGGUGAGCUGGCGCGGGUGAGCACGCGUGGCGGCGGCGGCGGCGCCUCCAGCCGCGAGGCGUCCAAGCAGGGCGCGCUGAGCCACUUCUUCAAGCUGGGCCAGGAGGGCAAGUACCGCGUCUACCACAACCAGUACAGCGGCAACACGCUGGCGCUCAACAAGCACCAGCACCGCGAGGACCACGACAAGCGGCGCCACCUGGCGCACAAGUUCUGCAUGACGCCCGCCGGCGAGUUCAAGUGGAACGGCUCGGUGCACGGCUCCAAGGCGCUGACCGUGUCCACGCUGCGGCUCACCAUCAUCCAGCUGGAGAACAGCAUCCCCGCGCCCUUCCUGCACCCCAACUGGGCCUCCCACAGGUACGGGGCAGUGCGGGACAAGAGGUCGAACUGGUGCAAGGCGGUGCAGAUGUGCAGCAAGGCGCGGGAGUUCGCCCUGGCACUGGCCAUCCUGGAGUGCGCCAUCAAACCCGUCGCCAUGCUGCCCAUAUGGAAGGACUCCCUGGGACACACCAGGUUACACCGCAUGACCUCCCUGGAGCGCGAGGAGAAGGAGAAGGUCAAGAAGAGGGAGAAGAAGCUGGAGGAUGAGGAGACCAUGCAGCAGGCCACCUGGGUCAAGUACACCUUCCCCAUCAAGCAUCAGGUUUGGAAGCAAAAGGGGGAGGAGUACAGGGUGACUGGGUACGGAGGGUGGAGCUGGAUCAGCAAGACGCACGUUCACCGCUUCGUCCCACGUUUACCCGGCAACACCAACGUCAACUACCGGAAGGACCUGGAAGCGGCCAAGAGUGGCAGCGCUACCAGCGCAGCUUCAGGCGCGGACGUGAAGAAGGAGUCGGUGGAGUCGAGCGCCGCCUCAGAAACCCCCACCGUCCCUAGCGACAGCACAGAGGAGCCCUCGAUAAAGGACCCCGAGAAGGACCCCGAGGCCUCUUCGGACAAGGCCAAGGGCAGCGACGCCGAGGACAAGAUGGAGACCGAUGAGGAAUCUCACAAAGGGAAGUCCGAGGGUGCCAGCCCCUCACCGCAGCCUUCCGAGGCCGGCUCCCUGAAGCAGGAGGAGGGCAUGGAGGAGGUGGUGGACCUCACCGAGGCCAGCUCCCCGAAGGAGGUGGUGGACCUCACCGAGGCCAGCUCCCCGAAGCAAGGGGUGGUGGACCUCACCCAGGGCGACGGUGACGGCGGCGCCACCAAGAGCGCCCUCCAGGGGCAGCAGCCGAAGCGGCCGUUCAACUACGACGUGGUGAACGUGAGCCAGGGCUUCCUGCUGCGCACGGCCUACAAGAAGAAGGUGAAGACCUCCAAGCUGGACGGCUUCCUGGAGCGCCGCGUCAAGCAGCACCUGGUGGAGGAGCGCCAGCGGCAGGAGCGCCGCAAGCAGCAGGCCAGCCUCAAGCCCAAGGUCGAGCUGACCCCCAGCCUCAAGCCCAAGGUCGAGCUGACCCCCACCCCCACCACCCCGACCUCUACCCUGACCUUUACCCCGACCUCUACCCUGACCUUUACCCCGACCUCUACCCCGACACCAGCGCAAGCCCCGACCCCAGCGCCCCAGCUCCCCACACUCCAAAUAAAGACUGAGGUGAAGCCGGCCGCAACAGAGCCGGUGGUCAAGGUGGACCCAGACAGAACAGGAGGAGCACUAGAGGCCUCUGGUACGACUGGGAGCGCAAUGGACGCAAGCAGCAGCAGCAGCAGCAUUAGCAGCAGCAUUAAGCUGGAGAACCAAACACACAGCCAGGGGGAGCCGCAGGGUGCCCUGCCCCAAAGGACUGAUCCGUUAGCAGGGGCCACCCCUCCAUUCCAACCAGCAAACUCCACCAGCACCGGGCAGCCUGGCACUUCCUCCCCUUCGUCCACAGGGGGCACUACUGAGCAGCAGCAGCAGCAGCAGGCGGCACCGGUCAGCGCACCCAGCAGCAGCACAAGCCAGGCGAGCCCGCCCACAGCGCCCGCCGACACCAGCGCCAUCCCGCAGCUAGCGGCGCCAGAAGAACCCAAGCCCACCUCGGAGUCGCCCGAGUCGUCCGCAGGGGAGAACGGCAAAAGUCUCCAGGUCACCAGGCAGGACGUGAAGGAAGAGGAGGCCAUGGAGACCGACGCUCGCGUUCCCUCGCCCGUGAAAGUGAACGGGCGAGACGCCGAGAUGGACACAGACUCGGUGUCCGGUGCUCUGGCGAAGGACCCACUGUCGAACUGCGUGGAGGCUAAAGUGAACAGCCUGUGCUCCGCGGAGGACGGGAAGUCGCCGCUCUCGAAAGACCCCCUCAAGCCGCUCCUGAACGGGGACGUGGCGCCUGACGUCAAGGCGGAAAGGACCCCAACGCCCACGCCCACGCACACCUCCCUAUUAGUGUCCCCUCCUCCGAGCGUGUCGGGAGACGACUCCGAAGACGCGCCGCCCACCAAGAUGGCCAAGCUGAGCAACAGCCUGCAGGGUCCUGCUCCGACGCUGGCCACGUCCACGGACGCGGUCGCCGCACACGCCGGGAACAAAGAGCACAACAGCACAACAGACACUGAGCGUUUGAGGUCGGAGGUCACGACCCCGAAGACAAUCAGCCCGUCCCCGGCCCCCUCCGCCGAGGACUCCAGCCUCAGCAGCGACUUCGCCGAGGGCAACGGCGCGGGAGGUUCCGUCGCCGAGACCCUGGUCAUGACGCAAGUGACGACCACCACCACCACGUCGACCACGGUCUCCAGCGAGUCUCGGACGGUGCGUCUGGCGAUGGCGGCGCCGGGGGCCCAGGCAGCUGUGGUGUCGUCGACGACGACGGCGGCAGCAUCGACCGAGAGCAGCGCCGUCUCCAAGCUGACGACCACCACCAAAACCACGGUGACGCAAGUGCACGGCCAGACCGACAGCCUCUCUGUCAGUAAAGUGAACACCACCACGACCUCCUCCUCCUCCGCCUCCACCACCACCACCACCACCCUCAAGGGCUCCACCAUCUCCGUGACGAGCAGCAGCGAGGAGCACUCGACGCGGCAGCGCGUGCGGCUGCUCAAGUUCACGCGCACCAAGAAGGCGCGCUCGGGCACGGCGCUGCCCUCCUACCGCAAGUUCGUCACCAAGAGCUGCAAGAAGAGCAUCUUCGUGCUGCCCAACGACGACCUGCACAAGCUGGCGCGCCGCGGGGGCAUCCGCGAGGUGCCCAUCUUCAGCUACAACGCCAAGCCCGCGCUGGACAUCUGGCCGUACCCCUCGCCCAGACCCACCUUUGGCAUCACCUGGAGGUACCGGCUGCAGACGGUGAAGUCCCUGGCCGGGGUCAGCCUGAUGCUGAGGCUGCUGUGGGCCAGCCUGCGCUGGGACGACAUGGGCGUCAAGCCCUCCUCUCAGGCUGGCACCACCCGCACAGGUGAGCGCACAGAAACGUCGGAGACGGAAAUAACGACCACGGAGAUCAUCAAGCGAAGAGAUGUCGGUCCCUACGGCAUUCGGUCGGAAUACUGCAUCAGGAAAAUCAUCUGUCCCAUCGGCGUCCCAGAAACACCCAAAGAGACCCCCACGCCCCAGAGGAAGGGCCUGCGCUCCAGCGCCCUGCGACCCAAGAAGCCGGAGCCCACCAAGCAGACGGGGCCCAUCGUCAUAGAGACGUGGGUCGCCGAGGAGGAGCUGGACCUGUGGGAGAUCAGAGCCUUCGCAGAGAGGGUGGAGAAGGAGAAGGCCCAGGCGGCGGACCAGGCAAAGGUUAGUGCUCGGAGGAAGUCUUUGGAGCUCAAGGCCCGAAUGGAUGUUCGGGUAAACCUGGAGAGAGUCGAUGUCGAGCAGAAACGUCUGGAGCUCCAGAAAAGCGGCGGCAGCGCGGGCAACACCAUCACCGUCGCCGGUAGCCCCUCCACCCCCACGACCACCAAGGUGAUGGUGGGCUCGCUCACCAGCCAGGUCACCCCGGGCACCAAGGUGGUUCUGGCCACCAAGAUGGGCACUCCCGUGACAUUCCAGCAGAACAAGAACUUCCAGCAGACCUUCGCAACCUGGGUCAAACAGGGCCAGACGGGCCAGCAACCAGCAUCAGCCGGCACCGUCACCACGGUCGCUACUACAUCUGGGCAGACGUUCCAGAUCACCGGCACGCCGGUUACCAUGGCUGGCAAAGUCAUCACUGCCAAGCUGCCGCUGCCCGCCAAUAGCAAGAUCGUCACCUUAAAUGUGCCAACCACUCAAGGAGGCAUGAUCCAGCAGAAAGUCCUGGGCAUCAUUCCAUCCAGCGCCGCCGGCAACCAGCAAACCUUCACGUCAUUCCAGCCGCGGACCACCACCAUCAACAUCCAGCCCAACACGCCAGGCUCACCAGGGCAGCAGCUGAUCACCACCACCGGGGGACAGAUCCGUUCAGGCAUGACGGUGAUCCGCACGCCCAUCCAGCAGGGCAGCACUCUGGGCAAGACCAUCCUGCGCACGCCCCUGGUCGUCCAGCAAGGCCAGACGCAGCAGGUGAUCAUCCACGGCCAGCCGGUCUCCACGGCGCUCUCGGGGGCCAGUCCCGUGGCCACCACCACAGGGCAGCGCGUGGCGGGCGCGUCCCCGGGGACCCCCGUGGCCCCUCAGACCCCUCCAGGCCAGCGCGCCCAGCAGGGGCAGGUCAAGCUCACGCUGGCCCAGCUCACGCAGCUCACCCAGGGGGCUCAGCAAAAGCAGCAGGGAGCAGCAGUGGAGCGGCCGCAGCAGGGCUCUGGGACGCAGCCUGCGCAGGGCCUGACGGUGGUGGUGCAGGGCCAGGGCCAGACCACGGGGCAGCUGCAGGUCAUCCCGCAGGGCGUCACGGUGAUCCCGCGGCCCGGCCAGCAGCUCAUGCAGGCGGCGCUGCCCAACGGCCAGGUGCAGCGCUUCCUCUUCACCCCCAUUCCUGCCACGACGGCCGCCAACGCCGCCCCCGCCACGCCAGGUCAGGGCCAGCAGCAGCUCGCCGUGCCCGCCCAGCCCCACCUCCAGCCGGCCGCCCAGUCCUCCCCGGCCCAGGCGGCCGCGCCCCUCCAGGCGGGCGCCCUGACGCCGCGCACGCCCCCCACCACGCCGCAGGCGCAGAUCCCGCCGCACCCGCAGGCCCAGAUGCCCAUCCAGUCGCCCACGCCGCUGCAGGUCAAGGCCCUGGUGGGGCAGCCGGGCGCCGUCCUCAAGCAGCAGCCGCCAGGGGGCGCCCCGGGCCAGACGCAGCAGGUGCGCGCGCCCCUCCAGCUGCACGCCCAGCAGCUCAUCACCGUCCCGGGCCUCCAGAUCCAGCUGCAGGCCCAGCAGGGCGGCGCCGGCGGGCAGCAGAUCAAGCUGCAGCUGCCCAUCCAGCUCCAGCAGCAGCAGCCGCUGGCCGCGGGGCCGGGCGCCCAGGUGCAGGGGCAGGUGCAGGGGCAGGUGGGCGGCGCCGCGGUGGCGGCGGGCGGGCAGCAGAUCCAGAACGUGGUGACCAUCCAGACGGCCAGCGUGCAGGAGCAGCUGCGGCGCAUCCAGCAGCUGAGGGAGCAGCAGCAGCAGAAGAAGCGCCAGACGCAGGAGGCGCGACGGGAGCAGCAGCAGCAGGCCAGCAGCCAGAGCCAGCUCAUCCAGAAACAGGUGGUGAUGAAGCAGAACGCGGUCAUCGAGCACCUGAAGCAGAAGAAGACCAUGUCCCCGGCCGAGCGGGAGGAGAACCAGAGGAUGAUCGUGUGCAACCAGGUGAUGAAGUACAUCCUGGACAAGAUCGACAAGGCCGAGCGACAGGCGGCCAAGAAGCGCAAGCGCGAGGAGACGGUGGAGCAGAAGCGCAGCAAGCAGAACGCCACGCGCCUCUCGGCGCUGCUCUACAAGCACAAGGAGCAGCUCAAGGCCGAGAUCCUCAAGAAGAGAGCCCUGCUGGACAAGGAGCUGCAGAUAGAAGUGCAGGAGGAGCUGAAGAGGGACCUGGGCAAGCUGCGGCGGGAGAAGGAGCGGGCUCAGGCUGCCGCCGCCGCGGCAUCUGCGGCCUCCCACGCCCAGUCGGGCCUGGGCCCGGCCUCCGCCCUGACCGCCACCGGACACAAGCGCAAGCGGGAGGAGGAGCGCGACGUCACCACCUCGGUCAAGGCCAAGAAGAAGAAGAUGAUCUCCACUACCUCAAAGGCCACCACCAAGGACUCCAAGCUGUACUGUGUCUGCAAGACGCCCUACGACGAGUCCAAGUUCUACAUCGGCUGUGACUUGUGCACGAACUGGUACCACGGCGAGUGUGUGGGCGUGACGGAGAAGGAUGCAGUGAAGAUGGACGACUACAUCUGCGCUGAGUGCAAGCGGGCGCAGGAGGGCAGCACGGAGGAGCUCUACUGCAUCUGCCGCACGCCCUACGACGAAGCCCAGUUCUACAUCGGCUGUGACCGCUGCCAGAACUGGUACCACGGGCGCUGCGUGGGCAUCCUGCAGAGCGAGGCCACGCACAUCGACGUCUACGUGUGCCCGCAGUGCCAGUCCACGGAGGACGCCAUGACCGUGCUCACGCCGCUCACCGACAAGGACUACGAGGGCCUGCGGCGAAUCCUGCGCUCCCUACAGGCACACAAAAUGGCGUGGCCCUUCCUGGAGCCGGUGGAUCCCAACGAUGCUCCAGAUUACUACGGCGUCAUAAAGGAGCCCAUGGACCUCUCCACGAUGGAGGAAAGGUUGCAGAAGCGCUUCUACGUCAAGCUCACAGAGUUUGUGGCGGACAUGACCAAAAUCUUCGACAACUGCCGCUACUAUAACCCCAGCGAUUCGCCCUUCUAUCAGUGUGCUGAGGUCCUGGAGAGCUUCUUUGUUCAGAAACUCAAAGCGUUCAAAGCAAGCAGGUCUCAUAACAACAAGCUACAGUCAACAGCUUCUUAGAGUACACCAUCAAUAAGCUUUCUAAGAGAAAAUGAAAAUAUAAAACAUGAAAACAAGAAUGUGGUCUGACAAGUCAAACCCAAUGGUGAAUCCAGGUUGUCUCCAUACCCCCCCUCACACGCAGCCACACACACACAGACGCACACACACACAGCAACGAGAAGCCUUUUUUUCUGUUACACACAUGCACACAGAGAUGGAAAGUUCCUCCCUCGGAAGUUCCCCUGUCUGAGUUGUGGGUGGGCAGCAGCGCUGUUGCGAGGAGGGAGGACCACGGUUCCGAGCCGUCGCCGCGUGUGCCACCACGGUGCCACCUGCACGUUGUUCGACUCCAGUGGAAAAGGGAGAUCUGUCUGUUUUCUUUUUGUUUUGGUUGUUUUUUGGAGUUUUUUCCAACUUGGGCCACUGCUGUUUUUGUUUCUUUUUCCCCCGUCUCGUUGUCUGUCCCUCCCUAUCUCUGUCUGUUGCUCUUUCUCUUCCAGCAUUCCUGUUGUUUUCCACCCUCUCUUGACAGCUAAAGACUCUGAUCUCCUGAAGCUGAUGAAGCUUCGCCCCUGAUGGGGCCUGAGGACCUGGCCUGUACUGUUCAUUUUGUGAAGUCGCCCAGCAGGCUGUCUGACUGCUGUUUUUCUGUUGGGUUUUUUUUUUUGGUUUUGUUUUUUGUUAGUUUGUUUGUUUUAUUAAACCUUUUUAGUGACUGUACUACUUCAUCUGUACAAUCACAAAUCAGACUGCAGCUCAUUUCUCCUUCGACGUCCAGCGUCAAUGUCACGGAGUAGAAAAAACUUUUUUAAAAUGAUUAUUUUUUGGGACUUCUUCAAGGACUGUCAGCCACAGAGCGGUUUCUUUUUGAGGACGAAUCAUGAUGUUCUAUUUCCAGUGAGGCAUUUUCAUGUUGCCCAACAGUAGCCUACAGAGAACGGCCGAAGAGAAACAACCCCUCAUGUAUUUGAACCCUAUCCUGAUUAUUAAGAAAAGUCAACAAUGACCAUUUUAGUUUGUAUUUUUCUGUCUUUGUUUUGCCACUAAAGGCAGACAUGUUGAAAUAGCAGGAGUUGGGGGAGCGGGGGACAAGAGAUAUGGGAGUGGGUGGGCGAUCCUCUUGGUCUUAAAUGCAUUGACCGGAACCAACAUUUUGUAAUUGAAGACAUUAUCCAAUAAAAUACCACAAGCAUCUCCCAACCAUUUCCUCCAAAAACAGGAGGAAUGCAUACUGUAAAGGACAGGAUGCUUCUAGAAAAACCAUAAAGGGUAUAUUAAACCUAAAUGUAAGGACAGUAGGAAUGAAGUGUACAGGGGGCAAGCGGUCACAUGGUUUUUCCUGUCCGUCUGAAGACCACAUAACGGUUUUAAUUUUUAUGGUCUUAAGUACCUGAAAGAGAAGCAAGAAG